AUGUACGUUUGCGUGCGUAUGCUCCGUAGUGUGCGUGCGCAUGCUCUGUAUAUGUACGUGCAUGCGCUGUGCGUGUGCGUAUGCAUGCGCAUGCUCCGUAGUGUGCGUGCGCAUGCUCUGUACAUGUACGUGAACGCGCUGUGCAUGUGCGUAUACGUGCGCAUGCUCUGUAGUGUGCGUGCGGGCUACGUCUACGUGCGCAUGCUCUGUUCCUCUCCCCGGCUUGGCCCGAAGCGGCUCAUCCUCGCCGUGGGAGUGGGCCAGGCUGGCAGGCCGGAGCUUGCUUGGCGUGGCUACCGGCCCGAAGGACCGGGGCCCCUGGCCCCUGACCCGCCCUCCUCCCCACCUACCAGCCAACCCUCAGAUCUCCGGGCCUUGGGAAAGGGCCACCCCACGAGCUCAAUGGGAAGCUGGACACUGCCCGCUGGCUGGCAGGGUGCCCUAACACCGGGCCAGCCCCAGGCUCGGGGACAAAAGAUGCCCCUCGGGGGCCAUGCCCUACCUGGCCUGGCCCCCAAGGGAAAGACGGCCCUCAGCCAGGGCCCCACCCGGGCUGCUCGUCAGCUGGGCUACCGGAGGAAGGGGGAGGGGAGAGGGGAGGGGGAGCGGUCCCGACACAUGGGGGUAGAGAGCCCAGCCCCUUAUUCGGCCAAGACCCUCCCUGUUCGCAGCCCGGCCCAGCCCAGGGCUGGGCAGACCGACGGCGGAAGGAUGGACAACCGCAAGGAGGGCCGAAGCUUGCCCAGGGGGCUUUUGGGGGGACUUGCUGGCCAGAUUCUCCCUCCACACGGGGACGGGGCCAGUCUUGCUCUUCCACCUUACCCAGGACGUAGAUUUUGGGUAUCCAGCUGGAUACCCGGGUCCAGCAGUCGGCAGCCUCCCUCGGAGGCUCGCGCCCAUUUCCUCCUAAAGUGCCCGAGAGGGGCGGGGGCGGCCCAGCCUACCCCAGGCCUGCGCCCGGGCUCCCGCCGUGGGACCGGUGACUUCCCGCCUCCUCCGGGCCCUAGACCUGGAGGAGGGAGGGUCCGCCCGGGUGGCGCGGCCACCCCGCCGGCCCCUUGCGGUUUGAGCCCCGCCGCCGCCGGCGCCGGUGGGCUGUCCGUGUGGACCUUUCAGGAAAAUGGCUCCGGGGGCGGGGGUGGGGGGCUGAGCUGCACCCCCCCCCCUCCGAGGUUCCUCGUCUCGGCCGUGGUCUCCUCUCGGGGAACAAGUCGUGACCUCCUCCCUCCCGCCCCCCAUCCUCCCCUCGGGCUCUCCGGCUCCUUCUCUCCCGCUCUCUCCUUCUGUGGCUCUCUCGCUCCCUUCUCUCCCUCCCUCCCUCCCAUCUCUCUUCUCUCCCCGUCCUGGCUGGGCUCGCUCGCGGUUGCCAUGGAGAGCUCGGCGCGCCGAACCCUCGCACCCAGCUGUCAGGUCGCUCGCUCGCUCGCCGCCCCCCCUCCCACCGAGCCCCGCCCCGCCCUCACCCAAGCAUCCCGGGCUCUCGCCUCCGCCCAGUUGGGGCGGUGGCAGACGAUGACACCUCCCCGGCACCACCACGACCGCCUCCUCGUCCUCGCCGUCCUCCCCAGCGGUGAACCCGGGAGGGCCGUACCUGGCAGGGGAUGGGAAGGAGGGCCCGCCCUACGCCCCUCCCCCUCCCUGGGCCGCCGCGGCUGCCGCUGCCGCCGCCGCCGCCGCCGCCGGUCCCUUUUAAGGAGCUCCACCCAGGGGCAGCCCAGGGUGGGGCCGCCAGCCUGUUCACACCUCAUCGCCCAGCCCCGCCGGAGAGAGAGAGCCAGAGCGGACGGGGGAGAGGACGCAAGGAUCCGGGAGAGCCCCCGCGCCCGCCCCGGGCCCCCUCCCCUCCCGGCCCCUCCGCUCCGCGCCCCGCCCCGCCCCGCCGCGCCCCGUACCUCCCCGGGGCCGCCUAGGCCGGCCCGGCCGGCCGAGCCCCGCAGGGCAGGACCAGGUUGGGCUGGGCAGGGCAGGGCAGGGCAGGGCCGGGCAGAUCCAGCCCCGGCAGCGGUGCUCGGUGGUCGCCGCUCGCCUCGCGCGGCGGCCGCUGCUUCUGGGGCCGAGCGGCCGGAGGGCGGAUGGGUAGAGGCCGAGGGGGGCGCGCCUCCGCCGCCUCCUGGGAACCCCGGGCGCCCCUGGAGGCCCGCCGGGGAGCCGCCGCUCGGGGAGGGGGCCGCUAGCCCCUGGGCCCCCCUCCUCUCCCCCCGGCCCCGGCCGGAUGCCGCGAGCGCGCCCCCAGGGCCCUGGGCGCUAGGGGGGCCUCGCACCCCGUCCCUGCCGCAGCUGCCGGUGGGGCGGAGGGGCCGCAGCUCGGGGCCUGCCCCCGAGCAUGAGCCUUCCCGCGGCCGGCAUGAGCAGCGCCGCGCCGCCCCGCAGCGGGAGUCCCGAGCGGCGGACAGCGGCAGCAGCGGCCCCGGCGGCCUGGCCGGGGAGCCAGAGAAAGCUGUUUUCAAAGAGGAAAGCAUGCUGGGACUGUUUCAUCUUACUGGUUUAGGUUGGAAGGAACAGGCAAGGCUUGAGCCAACAGUGCUCAGGGGAGCCCUGGGUGUCUCCCAGCCUCUGUGCAGGGCCUGCGAGCUCUUACCACCCAGAGUGCCAUCCUGCCCAUCUGAGAGCUUCAAUGCCUAUUCUGGAGGCCCCAGCAAAGUGGUGAAUGCAGGGUUUCUGGAGCCUGGGCCCAGCACCCUUUCCUCACCCCACCCAUGGAGUCCUGGUACAAUUGGCGCCAUCUGGUUGGGAUUCUUCAAGAGCCCUGCCAUCUUCGGUCCAUCUGUCACUUUGCUCUAA